UUGGAAAGGCAAGAGACCGAGACGAAGUACGGUGCCGAUAGAUUAAGAAUGUUAUUGUUUAUGUGAAUUCUAGUGUCUCGUGACGUAAUUAGAAGCCCCGAGAAACUAUUCGAUCAUCAAGUACUGCGAGGGUGUCGUUAUAUUUUAAUAUACACGUCAAAGAAGUGUAAGAAAGUUUAAAGAAGCUCUAUUUGGGUCUAUUUAGAUCUUGUACGUAAAGAUGAAUUCAUCACAAGCUUGUGCUUGGCAGAGAUAUACUUAUCCGGUAGGGGAUAUAUAUGAUGGAGAAUGGAAUCAAGAGGGAAGAAAACAUGGUUAUGGAAUGCUUGUAAUGACCGAUGGAACCAAGUUUGUUGGGAAGUUCAACAACGGUUUCUGCGAGGGCCCAGGAUUGUUAAAAUUCCCUGAUGGUACUUCGUACGCUGGGCAAUUCGCACAAGGAAAGUACAAUGGUCCUGGGACUUUCACGAGAAGCGAUGGGAUGAAGUUUGAAGGCGAGUUUGCUAAUGGGAAAGUUGAUGGUCUUGGUUUAGUUACUUUUCCCGAUGGCACCCAUGGAAAGCCGAGGCAAGAAGGUUAUUUUUUAGGGACAGAACUCAUUGAUUGUCGGAAGGCGACAGAAGCUGUAGCGAAAGCGAAGCAAGCAGCGACAGAAGCAGCUGAAAUCGCAAGGACUGUUGUUACGAAUACCGAAUGGGGCAAGGGACAUGUCCAUAAAUAAAAGAAACCUCUAUUUUAUGCACGCUUUAUAAAACUUUAGGUUAAGAAGUACUGCUGUAUAAAUUCACACUAAUAAUAGAUUCAUUAAUUAUAUUACUCCAAAAGUGUAAGUAAGCCAUUUAUUAGUUUAUAUACACAUUCAUGCUCAUGAAAUGAGCUUGUACUUAUAUUAAGAACAUAAGUAUCACAUAUUUUAUCUAGUAUGAAAACCUUUGCACAGCAAAGCUUGCUGAUCCACAGGAAGCCCAUACAAGCUUUGAGAACUGAAUGUAAUUUAACGAAAAAAAUAAACAUAAAAGCUAAUAUUUACUCACA